AGAGCAGCUGGGAUUCAAGUUGUAAAACCGCAGUUUGCUUUUCCUAAAGGACCAAAUCAGUGGGGACGAGCAACGAUGAUGUUUCCUGAUGACAUCUGGUUUGUCUGCGCCAAAGGUCACCUUCAGUCACCAAUCAACAUCCGGCUCAAGGAUCUAAUAUUUGACCACACGCUGAAACCACUCACCUUAACAUUUAAUGUGAGCAACAUGGGCCAGGAUGUGAGCAUUCUCCUUGAAUCCGAUGGCCCCCCCAUCCACUUUAGCGAGGGGCCUCUUUCUUACCAAUAUCGAUUACACGGCGGAGUAAUUAAAUUUGGUAGCACCUCUCAAAUUGGCUCUGAGCAUCGAAUUGAAGGUAAAGCAUUCCCUGGGGAGAUACAAUUUUAUGCGUAUAAUUCGGAUCUUUAUCAAAAUUUCUCUGUUGCUGUUAACAAACCGUAUGGACUUGCAGCGAUUUCGUUGUUUCUUCGAAUAGGCCAAAGUUCGACACCAGAUAUCUCCGCUCUUCUAUCUUCAGUUGCUGAAGUCAGACGUCUGUACGGACUCAUACUCAAUACUCUGUUCCCGAGCACACGGGAAUUCAUAACAUAUCAAGGUUCGCUCGGCUUUCCCGCCUGCUACGAAACUGUAACUUGGAUACUACUAAACGAGCCAGUCACCGUGACUGAAGAACAGAUGAAAGGCCUGCGCACAUUACGAAUGUCAGAAUUCAAGAACGCAGGAGCAAUGGCCGACAACUUCCGUCCUAUCCAAAAAUCCAACAACCGUUACGUCCGAACUAACAUUAAUUUUAAUGCCAGUGUAAGCAAAUUGCAGGGGUUUUACAGGAACCUGAAUCGUGAUCUCAAGGAAUGGAAGCUGUGA